AAGAUAAAUAACGUAAAUAUUUACCUUGGAUAACCUAGUACAUUUCUGCAGAAAAACAUUGCAUUUGUUAUGAUUUAAAAAUGGCUGGCGACAAAGUAGUAGGUGGUUCUUCGCAUAUAAGCAAAGAAAAAGUACAUCAAGAAGGUACUUAUAAUGAUAAUUUGAACUUAGAAGAUGAAUUUAUAGAACCCAUUGAGUAUGUACCUUGUCCUGAAUUUCAUUUUUCGACGAUAACUUGCUGCUUUUGCAAUGGAUACUAUGGGCCAUGUUUUGAAGAACCUGUUUGUCCAACAUGUCAUGCAUUUUUGUUUCCCAAUGACAUUGGUCUUUUACAGGUUCCUAUUUUCAGUGAAAAAACAGACGAUGAAGAUUCGGGAAAUGAUGAGCCAACAGAGCUCUAUUACAACCAUGAAAGAAGAGCCAGCCAACAACAACAAAAUUCUCCACAAAAUGCAACGUCAAAUGUAUCAAACGUAGCAAAUAUUCCUAAUUUAAAUUGUCACAUACCUCAGUGUUCUACUUUGAAAAAUGAAAGUAUAUUACUUAUGCAGAAAGUACACCAUGGUAUCAAUACAAAUAGUUGUAAAAAUACAACAGUUGUAUCACAAAAUGCUCAGCUUCCUCACAAUAUACAUUUGGAGAGUUUACAAAAUGUGAAUAAUGGAAAUAACGAUACUCAUAAGGAAAAUCAUAAAGAAAACGUUUCUAAUUUUAGUACGGAAUGUACGGCAGAUGGAGAAUUACAUAACACAGUUCCGUUCCAGGAAGUUAAGGACCUAGAAAGUUGCUCGCAUUAUCAAUGGAAUUACAAAGUUCAAAAUAAUGUGGGAGAAAUGUCAAGAUCGUAUAACUUAUCAGAGCGAUUAGAGAUGUUAACAAAUUAUAAACAUGCCGAAUACGAAUCAAUUUCUGAACCAGGUUUAAUGGAACGAUUACCACCUGAAGUGUUGUUAGUUGUUUUCUCGCAUUUAGAUGACGUUAGUCUUUGGUCAGCUGCAAAUGUUUGCCGCAGAUGGUGCGGUUUAUUAUCUACGCAUGUAACGCCCCAGCAAUGGCAACAAAAUGUCAAACUACGAUGGCCUUUGUACAAACCUAUUGGAAAUGUUAAAAAUUGGUAUAAAGUAUACGAUCUAUUGGCUUCUUCGGCACCUUGUAGAACAUGUUUAGCACAAACGUGUUUGAGGUCACGAUCACCAAGGAUUCAAGAAAAUUCAUGGAGAAAAAAUCGAUUACAUAGCGAACUGAAAAGCUUAAGAAUAGAUCCUCCCGAAGGUAUCGAAGCAACACCUUUAGAUCAGAUGUGUUGUCAUUGGCAAGCUACGAUAACUGGGCCUGUAGGAAGUCCAUAUGAAGGAGGUUUAUUUUACCUUUACCUCCAAGUACCCUGCAGUUAUCCUCUGUAUCCACCAAUCGUAAGGUUUCUCACGAAAAUACUUCAUCCAAAUGUGUCUAGACACGGUGAUGUUGGCAUUGACUCGAUACAUCAUAAUUGGUCUUUGGCACUGACAAUUUCGAAGGUGUUGAUCAGUGUCCAAAGUUUACUUACGGAUCCAUAUUGCCAGGUCUGUAUGGAGCCGGAAUUGGGUGAGAUGUAUAUGAACGAUCGUGAAAGGUUUGAUGAGAUUGCGAGAGCAUGGACAUGGCGCUAUGCUAUGCAUGAUGUUGUCACUCCGUUAUAAACAAUUUAUAAAUACGUUAUUUCUAAUGCGCAGGGUGUAAAGAAGAAAGAGUUACAAACUUCGAAAGU